AUGGCCGAGCGGCUGUCGGAGGAGCAGAUCGUGGAAUUCAAGGAGGCUUUUUCCCUUUUUGACCGGGAUGGAGACGGUUGCAUCACCACGAAGGAGUUGGGCACCGUCAUGCGCUCCUUGGGGCAAAACCCCACCGAAGCGGAGCUGCAGGACAUGGGGGGGGAGGUGGAUGCCGACGGCAGCGGCACCAUCGACUUCCCCGAGUUCCUCUCGCUGAUGGCGAGGAAGAUGAGGGACACGGACAGCGAGGAGGAGAUCCGCGAGGCCUUCCGCGUCUUCGAUAAGGACGGCAACGGCUAAAUCAGCGCGGCGGGGCUGCGGCACGUCAUGACCAACCUGGGCGAGAAGCUGACGGACGAGGAGGUGGAUGAGAUGAUCAAGGAGGCCGACUGCAACAACGACGGGCAGGUCAACUACGAGGAGUUCGUGAGGAUGAUGACGGAGAAGUGA